AUGGCUACACAGCAAGGGUCAUCGAAAUCCACCCUGAAGACGUCUCUCCCUUCCGCAUAUGCCGCCGUGCAGGCCGAGCAGCCCGUCGACACAUCGCAACACCCGUCGCAGGAGGAGCAAGAAAAGUAUCUAUCAGGCCGACCCCGCGCGACUCCUCAGCACCUGGGAGUUGCUCUUCAACAUGCACAUCAGAUCCAGGCUCAAAAAGACGCCGAGAACAUGAUCCUAGACCGCAUUAUCGAGCUGCUUGCGCUCCCCUCGUCUCCGUCCGCCGACCCGGCGGCACCUUCGGCGGCCGAUGCGCAGGCCUUUAAAUCAGCCCUCCUCGACUUCCGACCAAGCGACUACGAUAGUUACAUCAUGGAACGCAACAACGAGGAUCUCUGCGGCUACGGCCUUUGCCGGCGCGAGCAUGGCAAUGCCAGGAGAGGGAAGGACCAGAUAUUCCAGUUCAAGUGGGGAGCCAAGGGGAGCGGACCGGGUGGCCGGGGACGCAGUAUGGAUAUUGUGCCUCACGAGAAGCUGGAGAAGUGGUGCUCCGACGAGUGUGCAGAGCGCGCGCUCUUUAUCCGCGUGCAACUCACCGAACAGCCGGUGUGGGAGAGGCGGGGUAAUGCCAGCCGGGGCAUGAACAUCGAAUUGCUGGAGGAAGCUCGUGCCAAAGGGCCAAAGCGAAGAACCGAAGGCUCGACUUCGGCGGCGGCUGUGACAGCCGAGAUGAAAAAUCUCAACCUCCAGGAUCCCGGGCGCUCGCAGGAACUCGCCAUGGAGCGCGGGGACAGUGGUCGGUCGCCUCGCGGAGCGCGGGUGGAUGUCCGGAUCAAGGAAAAGGAUCAAAGCAUGGCUGCUAGCGCUCCGGAGUGGCGACCAGAGGAUGCCACAGGAGGCUCGAUUGAGGGAUAUGUACCCCAAAACCGGCGAGACAAGGACGCAAUGGAUCUUGAUUCAGGCGAUUUGCUUGAUCAAAUCUAG